GGAGUCCAGCUAUCCAGUCCGGUUGUAGAUCACUCCUUGGAUCGGAUUCUUAGGCCACGACCACAUCACACAAACCCGCUCCUGGAGAAGGAACCCCCUCGGAAGAAUAAGGGAAAAAGCGAAAGACGGACAGGGGAGAAAAGAGGGAAGCCUGAGAGAUGGCUGUCACAUCCAAUCCAAGGACGGCUCAGUCGCGUAAAUUACCCAAUCCCAAUGAAAAGAAAACAAACACUCCUCGCAUAUAUGGAGGAGGUGACAAUAAACAACAAUAUUGGGCUCUUUCGAGUCAGGUAACUAGGAAUGCGAUAGGGUACGAGAUGCAUCAGGGUUCUGUUAGGGGCACGGCAGGGGUACUGUCGGGGCUCGGCAUGCCUGUAUGGUGCCAAUAUGCAGGCACAAGCAGAGGUCCCCGCAAAAUAGACAAGAUUCUGGGGUAUCUUGAGGUCCUGAGCGAGGCAUGGCUAAACGAGCAUCAGACCAAUAAGGAUCAAGAUGUGACCCUUCAUGCCAUCCGGUCCGGUUUUAGAGCGUUCUCGCGCGACGUGGUAACCCACGUCGGGACUGAAGUAAAAAAACUGAAGGAAGGCGUAGAGAAGUUCUGUGCCGGCGUCAUUGAAGGCGCCAAAGUCGUGGCCAUAGCAGAGGCUGCAACACGUCCCCGCAAAGAGCCAGUAAAACUCAAAUUCCCUGACGCUUAUAGAGGGAAGAAGGACGAUAGCUUUGAUAACUGGGAGACCAUUAUCAAUACAUACGUAUAUCUGCAGCAUAUCGCCCCCGAGGAGCAAGUCCUCGUCGCCUUCCAUGCGUUGAAAGACGAAGCAGCCAGCUUCGCCAGGUCCCUUGCGCGCGCCACCGACCGCGAGCAUAACAUGAUUGCUUAUUCUAGGCUUACCCCUUUCUCCACGUUCCUCAAACUCCUGCGUGAGAGGUUCGCUAACGUCACAAGAGGCGUCAGGGCCUCUGAUAAACUUCAAACCAUCCACUCGCGACAGUGGAGGAGUGCGCGAGCACUCAAAGCUGUCAUGGACGACUUAGUAGCCGUCCCAGACCACGGGGUCACCGAGACCCAGUUGGUCCAACUGUUUUAUCAUGCCAUGCCAGAGCCCUUGCAAGGGCACUUCUUUGACAAGACCCAACAGACCAACAUCACGUAUGACCCGUUGAGUGGGGAAGUGGUCUUGUUUGAGGCCAAGUCCAUGCCAGUUUCCAGUUUCUGGCAUAAAGACUUAGAUAAGGGCCUAGCUAACUACUAUAGGAAGUUCGUGAGGAACUUAUCGACUAUCGCCGCUCCCCUUCGCAGGUUGCUCAAGAAAGAGGCAAUCUGGCAGUGGGAUAAAGAUUGUACGUCUGCGCUAAAGAAGUUGAAGCGCGCAUUAAUAGAGUACCCUGUCCUCAAGGUGGCAGAUCCGUCUUUGCCAUUUGUCGUCACCACGGACGCGAGUCAGUAUGGUAUAGGCGUCGUGUUACAACAGGACGACGGCAAUGGCUACAGACCCAUAGAGUUCAUGUCAGCGAGGAUGCCCUCAGAGAAGGUCGCUACCUCGACGUAUGAGAGAGACCUCUACGCUCUCAGGCAGGCCCUAGAGCAUUGGAAGCAUUACCUGCCUGGGAGGCACUUCAAAGUGUAUUCAGACCAUGAGACGCUUAGAUGGCUGAAGACACAGGCCAAGAUGACAGCUAAGUUGACUAGGUGGGCCGCUGAGAUAGACCAAUACGACUUUGAGCUCAAGCCAGUUAAGGGCAAGUACAAUGUAGUUGCGGAUGCUCAAAGUAGGAGAUCAGACUACUUUGGAGCUAUAGUUCACUAUCUGGAUAUAGGGAGUGACCUGCAGGAGAAAGUUAGACAGACGUAUGCGCAGGACCCUAUUUAUAGUGACCUCGUCAAGAGAGUUCAGGAGGCCCAGAAACCGAACCAGAUUACCGCACUACAGAAGGGUUGUUAUUUGAGAAGCCUAACAUCGUAGACCGUCUGUGCGUUCCCAACAGUGACGAGAUCCGUAGUCUGAUCCUAGGGGAAUGCCAUGACACAG